AUCUCCGGAAUUUUUGCCAGAAACUGAACUGAGAUUCCAACUCUGAGAAGUUGGGGGUGGUGUGUGUGAGCUCAGGCCUGUGAUUGGACUGCAGAGCUCUCCAGGGAGGAGGAAAGCACAAGUACAAAGGGAAGAGCUGGGGACAGGGGAGAAGCCCUCCCCGCCCCCACCCUGCCCCCACGCACAGGCACCCAGGCCUGGGGAAGGGUGCAGCCACUAGCCUAGGGAGGGGCAGGGUGUGUCAAAGGUGACGGCAACAGUUGCUGGACCCAGGGAGCUCUCUACCCCAAGCCAGCCUGCUUGCCAACAGCUGGACUUGAUCACCAGCUUGCAAAGUGAGAUCAUGCAUCUGAGGGAGUAACUCACAGACUUUGCUCUCCGACCAUUCUUGGAGGAUUUUCUCAGCAGGGGCUGGAAAGCAGGAGACCACCACCUGGAGCCUUGAGCCUUCUUCAAGAAGCAACAGCGUAAGAGAUUCCCGCCCUGGGUGGUUUGCAGGACGAUGCUGGCUCUUAGGCAAGCUUCUGCGUUCAGGGUUCUGUUGCUCACGGCCUUCCUGCCCCCGCUGCAGUGGGCCCAGGACCCGGCCAUGGUGCACUACAUCUACCAGCGUUUUCGAGUUCUGGAGCAAGGACUGCAAAAAUGUACCCAAGCAACAAGGGAAUACAUUCAAGAUUUCCAAGAGUUCUCGAAAAACAUAUCCGUUAUGCUGGGAAGAUGUCAGACCUACACAAGUGAGUAUAAGAGCGCGGUAGACAGCCUGGCGCUGAGAGUGGAACGUGCCCAGCGGGAGAUUGACUACCUGGAGUACCUGCGGGAAGCUGAUGCUUGCGUAGAAUCGGAGGAGGAGACGCUGGCAGAAAAGCUAGUCCAGGAAGCCGAAGAAGAGAAAAGGAUCCGGACGCUGUUGAAUGCAAGCUGUGACAACAUGCUGAUGGGCAUAAAGUCUCUGAAAAUAGUGAAGAAGACGAUGGACACAGAUGGCUCUUGGAUGAAAGAUGCUGUCAGCGACUCUCCAAAGGUUUAUUUCUUAAUUGGAUCCAGAAACAACACUGUUUGGGAAUUUGCCAACAUACGGGCAUUCAUGGAGGACAGCACCAAGCCAGGCCCCCGGAAGCUGCUCCUAACACAUUCCUGGCAGGGAACAGGCCAAGUGGUCUACAAAGGUUUCCUAUUUUUUCACAGCCAAGGGACUCGCAAUGAGAUCAUCAAAUAUAACCUGCAAAAGAGAACCGUGGAAGAUCGAAUGCUGCUUUCAGGAGGGGCGGGGAGAGCCCUGGUCUACCAGCACUCCCCAUCGACUUUCAUCGACCUGGCUGUGGACGAGCACGGGCUCUGGGCCAUCCACUCAGGGCCAGGCAUCCAGAGCCAUUUGGUUCUCACAAAAAUUGAGCCCGACACGCUGGGAAUGGAGCACUCAUGGGACACUCCGUGCAGAAGCCAGGAUGCUGAAGCUGCGUUCCUCUUGUGUGGGGUCCUCUAUGUGGUCUACAGUUUGGGUGGCCAAGGCCCACAUCGCAUCACCUGUGUCUAUGAUACACUGGGCACGGUCAGUGAGGAGAAUCUGCCCAACUUGUUCUUCCCCCGGCGGCCGAGAAGUCACUCCAUGAUCCAUUACAACCCCCGAGAUAAGCAGCUCUAUGCCUGGAAUGAUGGAAACCAGAUCAUUUACAAACUCCAGACCAAGAGAAAGGAGCCUCUGGAGUGAUGCACUAUGGCCGGGAGGGAGGGCGCCGUGCGUGCUGCCCUCCAGGACACUGAGACCACAGCCCCUUUGCAAAAUAUAUCCCUCUAAUCACAUCCAGGGGUGCGGUCUGGAAGUGGGAAUACAGAUACAUCCUUUCCCAGAUGGUACUGUUAUGGGUGUCUUGCAAGAGCUUAGAUAACAGUCUGUCACUCAGGAAUUUUCAACAACUUCCAUUACCCAUCCAAACCUCCUGGCACUCAAAGCCUUCCACGCUCUGAUCCAGCUUACUUCCAGCCUUUUCUUGACUAACAUUUUCUCUAACCCUCCCCAUCCCCACCCUCCCACUAGAAAGGUAGAGCACCUCCUAAUACUCCUGGCUUUUCUCUCCUCUGGCCUUUGUUCAAGCUUUUUCCUCUUUCACAAAUGCUUGUUGAUAGUCUUUUUGUUCUUCACUGCCCAACUAAAAUACUAUUUCUUAUUGAUGUCUAAUCUCCAUUUCCCCUGGUUCUGCCCCUCCAACAAGCUAGGUGGGUGUAAUAGUAAAGUGAAAACAGUACCUUUAAAGACAACUUUCCAGUUACAAAGUGUCCGCCCCUAUGUUACAUCUCCUUGCACCCUUAUGAGAUGCAGGACAAGUCUUUACAGAUGAGGAGGGUUCAGGUGAGCCAUUCAAAGUAAAAAAACUACAAAAAAUGAAAGACAGAGCUAGAAAGUGCUGCAAAUCCCAUAGCUUUUCCAUUGUCCAAGGAAGCAGCAGAUGUAUAUGUUUGUUCACCCAACCCUUUAUAAGCAAUACAUUCAUCAUUUCAGCCUAAAAACAAUGGUCUAUCCCUUUAGCAAGUUUCAUGUCUGCACAAGACCUUCCUAUAGACCUUUCAACAGCUACUUCCUCCAGAAAACCAGCUGAAGAGUGAGGUCCCCACUUCUAGCCUCAUCUUGCCUUACUGUCCCCUGCUUCUUCCUUCUUGCUUGAAAUACAAUAAAACUGACACUAAGCAAAUAAACCUCCUCAUAUUAUAUUUGCCUAAAUACCCGCAGCAUAGACGUUUCAGGGAGCGCUGCAUGUGCUUGGGUUUAAUGUGAACAAGCCCCAACACCCUGAGGCCCUCGUUAAAUAUUCUGGAAUCUGGAUGAAAGCCAGUGGAUAGCCCGCACAGGACACCCCGCCGCAGCAGGCAUGCCAUGUGGCCAGGGGACAGAGGGCAGCUGUGCCCAUCCAGAGGGACUUCUUCAAACUUUCCCAUGCGUUCAUCUACUGCAGCCUGGGGAUGCCAGUCUGUGUCAUGUGCGGAGGCCUCUUUCUUUCCAGGUUGGUCACAUGAGAGGGUUUGCUCUGUGUGUUUGCAGCUGCUUUCUUGAUUCUUUCAAGCCCCGGCUGGGACCAUAGGCAGGAAGAGAGGAUUUUUGUUCUUUUUUUUUUUCCCAUAGCAUUUGAGGAGGUCCUUGGCAGAAUGGAAUUACUCACCCCCAUGGAGAAAGUGCAGUUACCCACCGUUCUACCAAAGUGAUUUUUUUUAACACAAAAUUUGAAUUCGCUUUAUUUCUCCUACAGUCAACAACUUCUCUGCCUUGAAUUUUAAAGCAACAGAGGCAAAUAAAAUCCCCCAAAUGACAAGAUAUCAGAAAUCCAGAUUCAGUUACACUUUAGUUGUAAAAAUGUUCAAGCAUUUUAUUGGUCUGUAAAAGAACCAUCAUCUGGGUCAGAAAUGCACUCUAUAAAUCAAAGAAUAUUUUAUACUUUAGAGAAGAAAAUCAGCAGUAACAUUCUCACUGAGAGCCCCAAUCCAUUCAGGAAUGAGGCAGGUAUGAAUAAAUAAACAUGGGGACUCCAUGGGUUUGGGGACAUCAGCUGCCGCAUGGGUAACAUAACAUUAUCUGUUUCACAGAGAAAAGGACUGGGCUGCCUCACAGAGGAAAGUAGUGGGGGAAUUCUCAGUGAGUGGAACUAUGCGAAGGUCCUGCACACAGUACCGUUAGAGGUGCAGAGAGCUAGCCGGUAACGUGCUGUCUGCCUUUCAUCUGUGAUAGGCUUUGAUUUGACAGUUCUGCAGGGCACACCUGCCACUACCACUAACAACCCACUCUAGUGUCUUAAAUUCCUGCAGCUAGAAUCACUUUUUUAAGUCGAGAUAUUUUCUCCAGGAAGCUUCUGUUGAUGGACCAUUUUGUUUCCUGGGAGCCAGGGCUGGACAUGCAGGCCCAUGAAUACUUCUUGGGUUUCUGUUAGAUAAAUUUUUCAAUGGUGGGUCUCUUGUUGGAUUUUAGUGAGGAAUGAAGUUCCUAAGACCUAGGCCAGUGGUUUUUAAACUUGACUGCACCUAAGAACCACUUGAGGAGCUUUUAAAAAUCCUAAUGCCAGGUCGUACUCCCAGACUAUUAAAUUAGAGCCUCUGGAGGUGGGCCCAGACAGUACUGUAUUCCUUAAGCCCCCUCUCCCAAAGUGGUUCCAACGUGUGAGUAAGCCGGAAAGUCAGUGACUUACAUACACCAUUUAAAAAAAAAGUGAAGUAUAGCUGAUUUAUAGUAUUGUGUUAGUUUCAGGUGUAUAGUAAAAUGAUUCAGUUACACAUAUAUACUUUUUCAGAUUCUUUUCCAUUAUAGGUUAUUACAAGUUAUAGAAUCUAGUCCCCUGUGCUAUACAGUAGAACCUUGUUGUUUAUCUAUUUUAUAUAUAGUAGUUUGUAUCUGCUAAUCCCAAACUCCUAAUUUAUCCCUCCCCUCCUUUCCCUUUGGUAACCAUAAAUUUGUUUGCAGUAGGUGUCAUUUA